AUGAAGAAGGUCAACACUAAGAUGACUCCAAACUAUGACCUUCAGAGACUCAAAACCCCAGCAAUAGAGGAAGCAGUAGCAAUAUUGCUCAACAACAACAUUCAACCAAAUGAAAACAACAACGUCGAUAUGGAACUCAACAAAUUAAAGCAAGGAGUAGAAACACUAAAGAAGGAAAUAUUGAAUCCGGACAAAAUAAAGAGAAAAUAUUGGAUUACGACAGAAAUAUUGAACUUGAUGGAAGAAAAAAGACAAAAUAAAGGAAAUCCAACGGAAUAUAAACGUAUACAAUGCAUUAUAAAAAAUGUCGCGAGAUCGGACACCAUCAAAAUAUGCACGAUGACAUCAAUGUUCACAGGAAAGUCCGAGAAGUAA